UUUGCCCUUCAGUGUCAAUCUCAGUGGUCACUCGAGCCGUUCGCACCUGGAUUCAUUGAAGUGAAUUUGACGGAAUUCUUUCUCUUCCCACAAAAUGAACGACGCGCUAACCCUGGUCUGUUCAGCGCUACUGAUCUCAAUCGUAGUUUGGUUGUUAAAUCCUCUUGCAAAACUACACACCUUACUGAGCUAUCUCUUGCGUGGAGACACAGGCUCGCAUAUUGCAAAUCAUUCGGAAGAAGUUCGCUCGUUCGAGGAGAUGCCUGGUCCGAAGGGAUUGCCAUUUUUCGGCGACUUGAUUAACUACGUAAGGAAAACCAAGUUUAAACCACAGAUGGCAAUGCUCCAAACGUCCUUCGAGAAAUACGGGUCGAUAUUCAAGACGACAAUUAUGGGAACAACGAUUGUUUCUAUUCAAGAUCCCAGGAAUGUAGAAAUCGUCUUUAAGGCCGACGGCAAGUAUCCCGUGCGACCUGGGGAAGUCGUCAAAAUAGGCGAAUGGUGGAGGAAAAGCAGAAACCUUCCGAAAAAUGUGGCGGCACUACAGGGGGAAGACUGGAGCCGAGUACGCCGAGCCUUGGCGUCCAAGAUGCUUCGACCCAAAGAAAUCCGUGAAAACCUCGACAACUUUAAUGGGGUCACCAGGGAUACUAUAGAGCAUUUGCUGGCAAUAAGGGGAGACGAUGGUGUGAUUCCAGAUCUCGAGAAUGAACUUGCAAAGUAUGCUUUCGAAUCUGUUGGCACCAUGGCGUUUGAUGUGAGAAUUGGUCUUUACGAUGACCCACCAAACAAGGAAACAGUCAAAAUGAUUGAGGCAACUAAAGAAUCUUUUCGACUUUUGGGAGUGUUGUGCAGAGGUUUGGAAAACCUGUUGUUUGCGUUCGUGACAACUCCUAACUACAGAAAAUAUUGUAAAAACCAGGACAUUGCAAUAGAGAUUGGCCAAAGGAUCGUGGAUGACAAGGUUUCAGAAUUGAAGAAAAUGGCAGAGGAAGGUGAAGAAUUUACUAAGGAUGGAGCUGUACCUCUACUGACGUACCUCAUCAUGAAAGGCGAACUUACACCACAGGAGAUUAACAUGAAUUCUAUUUCGAUGUUUAGAGCAGGAGUAGACACGACAUCCGGCGGACUGCUUUGGCUACUUUACGAUUUGGCGUGUAAUGCAAAGGCGCAGGAGAAGUUGUAUGAUGAAGUGGUCUCCCUCAUUGGGCCUCAUGGAGAUUUUACCCCAGAGAGCUUUGCAAAGUUGACUUACGGGAAGGCUUGUCUCAAAGAGAGCAUGCGAUUGCAUCCUGGUGCCUUUGCUUGGGGACGCGUUCUGACGCAAGAAGUGGUUCUAUCCGGUUACAAAGUUCCUCCCGGAACCAUCGUUAGGUAUUCCAAUUACCUUGCGGGACGUUCAGAGAAGUUGUUUAAGUUCCCCUUGGAGUUCAAACCUGAACGUUGGUUGAAUGAUGACUUGGGAAAAAUCCAUCCAUUUGCCAUUUUACCAUUUGGAGUCGGCGCUCGCAUGUGCAUCGGGCGUCGCAUUGCCGAAACCGAAAUCUACCUUCUGGCUACAAAGUUGGUGCAGCGUUUCCGUUUGGAAUACCACGAGGACCCUGUAGAGAUGGAGUUCAGAUUACUCGCUGUUCCUGACAGGCCGCUGAAAAUAAAAUUGAUUGAUCGCGAGUAAUUAUGAUUACCUAAGUUAGCGAGGACAGCUGGCCUCUCGAUGACAAAGGAACGUCUUUUUAGGGAAGUGGUCAAAACUAUUAUACAUAUAAGGGACCCACUAAAAUAACUUGAGACUACCGUCUCUUUCUAUAGCCCCCUACCCUUAUCCAGAUACCAAGGAUUUCUUUUAUAGCCCCUCCCCCCCCCCUCA